UAUAAUUGUGAAUGAAAUCACAUAGCAAAAGAUAAACAAAUACCAAAUACCAUAAUUUUGAGGUAUUAAAUCUGAUUUAGUGUCCUAUAGUCGAGUGUAUCGUGUUGUUUGUCCAUGAAAUGCCAGGAAAAGUUGCUGUAAAAAUUAAAGCUGGCAGGAAUCUGCCAGUGAUGGACAAAUCCUCGGAUACCACCGACGCCUAUGUAGAAAUAAAAUUGGGGAAUGUGACGCACAAAACGGAUGUGUGCAGAAAGAGUUUAAAUCCUAUUUUCAAUUCUGAUUGGUUCCGUUUUGAGGUGGACGAUGCUGAGCUUCAAGAUGAAAUACUGCAGAUACGUCUCAUGGAUUAUGAUACCUAUUCGGCCAAUGAUGCAAUUGGUAAGGUGAAUAUAAGCCUAAACCCUUUGUGCUUGGAAACAUCGGGUCAAAGUCAUGGCAAGGGCACAGUGCUAUCUGGAUGGAUACCAGUAUUCGAUACAAUGCAUGGCAUACGGGGCGAGGUGCAUGUCAUUGUUAAGGUCGAUUUAUUUUCCGAUGCUAAUAAAUUCCGUCAAAGUUCAUGUGGCAUACCGUUUUUCCAUUCUCCCUGUAUACCCACCGGAUAUCGGGCCCAAGUUAUACAUGGCUUUGUAGAAGAGUUGGUUGUAAAUGAUGAUCCUGAAUAUCAAUGGAUUGACAAGAUUCGCACGCCACGUGCAUCCAAUGAGGCCCGCCAGGUGGUCUUUCUUAAACUGUCUGGUCAAGUCCAACGUAAGAUGGGUCUUAAGGCCAUAAACAUGGGCGCCAAUGCUGUCAUUGGUUAUACCCAGUGUUUUGAUUUAGAGGGCGAUGUUGGUGUCGUUGCCCGUGGUGUUGGCACAGCUGUUACUUUAAUAAAAGAUACCACAAAUCAACCAACCUCUGCGGACAGUGCUUUAAUCGAAGAAUCCCUAAGUGAAAUCGCUGCUGGCAGUAGUAAUCAUUCAAAUAAUAGCAGUCCCCACACUAAAGGCCAACAUGUAUCGCCUGGCUCAGCCAUGAUGAAUGCCGAUGACGAUGUUUCGGCCGCUAAGCUCAGCACCAUGAACACAAAUGCCUCCACUACCAGCACCACUACUAUUCCUUCCAAUGUUGUAGCCAAUCGCAGUAAACUAACACCCAGUCCAACACGUUCUGGUGUUGUAGCCACACCAGCUAGCAUACAGUCACAAUGUGAUAGUUUAUCAUCAGCUACCACCAUAUCAACGGCCACCACAAUAAUACCCAAGGAAAUGGGGGAAAUGUGUAGGCGAUCUUCGGACUCGGAUUUGAGUGUGACACCAAAAGUUGUACAACGUAAAAGAAAUUCAUUUUGUGUGGCCAGCGAUCGUUUGAUGGCAGCAACGGCAAUGAUGCGUAUGGGACAAACCGUCGUUGGUAAGAAUGCAACCGGUGAGGGUAUGGAUAUGUUGGAGUAUCCAUUCUUAACCAUGACAAAAUAUCCACCGGGACUUAUAUUACAUAUUGGAGCUACGGUAGCUGCCCGUUCGGUCAAGUUAUUGGAACGCGUACCAAAUCCAGAUGAGCCUGAAAUACGAGAUUCUUGGUGGACUGAGUUGCGUAUGGAGAUACGUUCACAUGCCCGUUCACUGGGCUGUAAUGUAGUACUUGGCUAUUCGGAAUCGACCACAAUUUCUGAUGAUGUGUGCGUUCUUUCGGCAACUGGCACAGCAGCUAUUAUCAAUAUGGGCUACAAUCGUUCCAUAUCCCAGAGCGAUAUUUUCAACAUUGCCAAGCCCUCCGGGGGUAGUGUUAUGUCUGCCUCUCUUGAGGAACGAAAUAUGGGCAGCAGCGAGGUGUCUGGCAAAGAUUCGGGUACCAUUUCAAAUGGUUCCGCUGGAAAGAGAUAUGGUUUUCCCUCAAUCAUGUUAACACCCAAAACAUCCUGCACAAUUUGCCAUGUUCCCUACAAUGCCAACUCCAUGCCGUUUAGUGUUAAAAUGAAGAAAUGUGCAAUAUGCGGCAAAGGUCGUGUUCCCGAUGUGCUAUUGGCUACCUUAGAGGUACCAGAUUGUAUACAAGUUACAGGCCGUGGUUGUUUCCUACAGGCUCAAGUUGUACGAGCCAAAAAGGACUUACGAUCCGAAUCCAAUGCAAAGGAGAUAUCCGAUGGUCUGCCCUUUCUGGAGUAUGAACUACAUCGUGUGCUCAUCAACAAGCUCAAGGCAAAGGGCAUGAAUGCAAUAUUCGGUUUAAGAGUACAAGUUUCGAUUGGCGAACGUAUGCUUGCCCUGGUUGCCACGGGUACAGCUCUGUUUAUCACAGCCCUACCAGUACCACAAGUUCCGAAAAUAGUUGCAGGCAAUUCUUGGACGGACAAACAGAAACUAAACGAACUGCAAAAGAAAUUGCAAGAGACCUUUGAGCGUUAUCAGGACAUAUAUCAAUUGAAGCCAUUGGAUCAGGAAAUGUUGGAUAAAAGUUCCGACACGGAUGAAUCCGAUGAAGAAGGCGUCGAUAUCGAUUUGAAUUGCGGCAAUAAAGAUACAUGUGUCCUUGAAGUAGAUGAUAUCGAAGAUUUAGAGAUUAUUUCGUUGCUAAUGGAACAGCAGCCACCGGAAGGAUUUCACGUUGUGAGCACUGAAAAGGUGCCGGGCAUGAUGGACAUGGAGGCGGUGAAAAAUUUACAAAUGUUCACACAGGUGUGGAGGGCCAAGGCGGAUGGUGGUCAGAGUGUUAGUGGAUUUCCAAAACAUUUUCAAAGACUAUUGCAGACAAUAUAUUUUAAAUUGCGUACCAUGAUUCCCUGUGCCAUUUGUGAUUUAAGAUUUAAACUGGAUUUUCCAGAGAGUGAUCAAAUUCAAAUUUUAGUGACCGGCAUGGCAUUGGGUUUGGGUGAUCCUAGUAAGGCCAAACCACGACGUAAAACAGUAUCAAAUGGUCAGAUGGUGGAUGGUGCGGCAAAUGCUAUGUCUGUUUUACAACAGCCGCACAAUCAUCAAACUAUUGAUCAAAAAUCGACUUGUGAUGAGGAUUAUAUAUUCCCAUUGGAUGAGGACCAAAUGGUGGAGACACCAACACCAGCCACAAAUAUACCAAUGUUCGGUGCGCAGCUCUUUAAAAAUCGCAAAACUUCGCCAAUACAGUUGACGACGACUCCUGGUGCACUUAAACAAAGAUUUAACCGUAUGUGUGAUCGCAAUGGCGUGGAUAUUACGCCUAUGACAUUUAUACCCGGCGGAAAAAUUGAAAAAUAUUUGGGAAAUUUAAACUUCUUCUUUAUACGCGAGAGUACAUCUAUAAGAGAAAACGGUGGCAUAAGUGGUUUUGUACAUGGCUUUAUAACAGAGCUCUUGGCAGUAGUACGAGCCCACAUUGCUUCAUUGGGUGGCAAUGCUAUGGUAUCAUAUUAUAUAAAUGAAUUAAUUUUAUUCGAUAAUCAGCAUAAAAAUCAGGGCCAAUGCCUAAUAAGUAUUGGUGGUGACGCUGUGUAUGUCUCAUAUCAAAAUGAUGAGUGAUUUUGCUGGAAAAAAUGCUGAAAACUACGUCAAUCAUCACAAUCAAACCCAACAAACAGAUUUCCCGCAGUUAUGCAGAAUUUUGCAAUAUUUACUUAUAUAGCUAGUUUGUUUCUCUCUCUUUCUCUCUAUUUAAAAUCUGUAACUUGUCUCUCUAUUUUUUUAAUUUAUUUAUUAACACUUUUAAUUAAAAAAAAUUUUUGUUAUAAAUACUAUACGAACGUGCAUUGAACGGCAUAAUACUAUACUAAACUGUGACUAUACAUAGAAUGUACUUAAAAAGGUGCAUUAACAAAAGUAAACAAAUUAUAUGUUAUUUAUUAUAUUUUUUUUCACUGAAACUAUGAGUUUCCAAUAGAUAGUAUAAAAUGCGUGUUAUUUUCUUUAUCAUUUGUGAGUCAUUGUAGCCCCUCGGGAUUUGGCAAUAAAAAAGCAGCCCAAUUUUAUUUGAAAUUAUAA